UGCCAAAACCCGCCCUUCUUCACCUUUGUUGCAGGAUUUCCGUUCCAGCUACGAUUUCGGUUUCCUCGCCAUGUCUGCGUCGUAUUGCGAAGCAGCAGCAAACACAGUUCAGAGUACUGUAGGAAGAAGCCUCGUUCCUCUUCUUCGCGGCGCUUUCGCGGUGUCGUUUGGUGCGUCAGAAGCUUGGGAAUUGCAGCGGGCAUGGAACUGUUUGCAAAUUUAGCUGUGGUGGAUUGUUUCGGGGAUUAGUUUUGCGGUGUAGAAGGCCGUCUAAGGUGUUUUGUGGAUUUAGGAUAUGGCGUUGAGGUAGGAGAGAUUGAGAGGCGUAGCUGGCGAGGGUAUGGCAUGUACCGCCAGCUGCUGCCACUGCAUUGUCGUCUUAGUCUAUGGCCGGGUCGAUGUCUCUCCCUUCUGUGGUUGCCGUGUAUCCGGCGAUUUCAUGGCGCGGUGGAUUGCCGGUUAGCUGCAGGCGGAUUUGUUUGGCUCCCUUGUCGAGCUUGAGGGUGCGCGCGUUGUGCAGGUGGAAUGAUGUGCGAAUUUUUAGGGGAGGGUUUCUGGCUAGCGGGUCGGGUCAAUGUCGUGCGACUAAUGGCGUUGUUCGAGCUCUGGAGGAGGCCAAGCCUGGUUCGAAAUCGAGGAGGAGAAGGAAUAGACCCGUGAAGGCGGUGGAGGAGGCGUUGGAAGGUCAGGAGCCAGUUCACCUUGCGCCUUCAGAAGGCAGCGUAGUGUGUGUGGACGUGGUUGAUGGAGGUGAAUCAAGUUCUGAGCAAAGUUCUCCGUUGAGUUCGGAGAACCCGGUUCCGAAGAGGAAAAGUGCUUCGAGGGGUAGGAGAAAGAAAGUUUCAGAGGUGAAAAGUUCUCCUACAUUGAGCGAGGGACAGGACGCACAAAUUGAGGUUUCGCAGCAAAUUGUAGAUAAGUCUAGGGUGGUGAGCACGAAUGGUGCAGCAGAAGAAUCCGUGUCUGCAUCUCAGGGCGCCAAUGCAACGACUGGGAGCCGCAGGCGUAGGCGCAGUUCAGCUAAAAGAGAUGGAGCAGCUGUAUCUGCCAGCAGUGCGAAUUCCAAACCUGCCCAAGCAGGCCAGGCUAGUGAAGCAGGAGUGGAUGUUAACGGCAAAGCAUUGGAGAUUAGUGAUAGAGAAGUGGAAUCCCCUGUUAUUUCUGUAGGCGGAUCGAGACGAAAAAAGAAUGUCAAUUCCAAUAGUCAGGAAGCGGCUCCGAAUGGUAGCGUUGCAACGUCCAUGAACGAAGGAGGCUCAAAUUCCAUCUCUAGUGCGGAAUCAUCUGCGAAGGAUGCUUCUUUGAAUUCUUCCACAAAUGUUGACAAUGAGCUUAUUCAUGGAGACAGAAUACGGAAUUCAGAAGUACGGAGUGUCACCAACGGUUCUAUCCCGGCCGCACAACCAAGCAUUGAGAAAAAGGAAACUAAGAAGAGACCUCGGUCAAGAAGAAAGAGAGGGCAGGAGGCCCAAGACGUGAAGCUUUUAGGUGAUGAGGAAUUACACACCAUAGGCCAAGUAACCGCAUUGUCAAGUAUCAAUGGUGAAGUGGAAAGACUUGAGGGAGAUGAGAAAUCGGGUAAAAUCUCUGAAGAAGUUGUGAAUGAGGGACAUGCUGGUGGACUUACUCCCGUCGAUUCUAAAACGAAAUCAGACGCUCAAACUGACAAAGAAAAUGGUGAACCGAAGAAGUUGAAGCGGGCAAAGAAACCUAGAAAAAAGCCAGGAGCUGUGGCAGAUUUGGAUGACAACACCGUAGAUAAGGCACAGGUUGCACAAUCUGUAUUAUUAGUUGAAACAACAGAUAGUGAGACAGUAUCAAGUAGUGGUUCAGAAGAUGAUGAAACUGCGGGAGUACAUGUACAUCCAAUUAUCAAUCAAGAUGAGUCAGUUUUGCAUACCCCUCCGGAACUCAAAGAACCAUUUGCAGGUGCGGAUGUUGUAUGUGCUGCGGAUGUUUCUCCCCCAAAGAGGAGAAGCAGAAGGAAACGACAGAGUGAAUCAAAUAAGAAGGUUACUGCACAGGCUGCAAUCGAGAGCGAAAGCGAGGGCUCUGAUACUCCGUCUGAAAGUGGAGAGGUAAAAGACAUUGAGGGAUCAUCUAGAGUACAGUUUCCGGCUCCUACUUGGGGACCCCAGUGGUGGGAUGAAAUACAGGCGAAAUCUCAAGCUUCUAUCUCGUUUCAAGAUAUUGCAGAGCGCAAGGAAGUCUCGCAGGAGCCAGUGUUUGAGGAUACAAAGAUGAUUGAAAUCAAGGAAUCAGCUGAAAAGAGCACAGAUCUCAAUAAUUGGAAUGGAGACUCAGAUGCCCUUCACAGAGAAACUCGUAGUGUUGCGGAGACAGAGAAGCCCGGAAGAUACGUUAAGCAACCUCAGUUCCAAAUGUCACCUUCAGAAACUCCUGAUCAGUGGUCCAAGGAAAGGAUGCUAAUGCUGGUAAAGCCUACGGAGGAGCCUUGGCUUUUGGAGUCAAUAAUAGCUACGGAGAUGGACGAAGAAUCAUUAAGAGAAGCUCAGUCUACACAAAACCAGGAAGUAAGCGAGGCUCCGGCAAUCAUCGAGGAACCUAGAAAACUGUCUCCGGUCGGUGAUAAUUACUUGCGCCCAGAUACUGCAGACGUGAAGAAGGAACCUGAGGUGGAGGUUGAGAUCUUAAUAAACACCUCCGAGUGUACUAUGCAACGGAUGGCUAUUCUCGAGAACAAAAAAGUUGUGGAAUUCUCCAUCGAACCCGUCAACACAAAAGUUCAAGUGGGCAACAUUUACUUGGGAAGGGUGAAGCAAUUAUUACCUGGAAUGUCUGGGGUGUUUGUUGACAUUGGUGGUCCACGUUUAGCCCUUCUUGACAUAGCACGGAAUCAAUAUCCUUAUACAUUUCCACCCGUUUGUGGGUCUGGGAACCAUCUUUCGACCGAUUCAGUUAGCGGAGGUUCACUACAGGACGUGGACCUUAAUUUAUCUGAUGAGGACGCCAACUUCACUGAAGAAGAAGAAGAAGAAGAAGAAGAAGAAGAAGAAGAUGAAGAAGAUAAUAAAGACGAAGAUGAAGACGAGGAACCUUACGAAGAAGGAAUUGCGAGGAGUAUUGUAGUGGAUAGAGUUUCCGGAGAGGCUGAGAAUUUCAAAGAUUCACCAGAAGAGAAGGUGCAAGUGAAAAAAUUAUCAAAGGCUUGGGAGCCACACAGGCAGGGUAGCCCAAUAACCGUAAAUUUUGGGCGUAAAUUUAGCAAAUGGCGGAAUGUGGAAGAAGGAAUGCCUAUCAUAGUGCAAGUGAAGAAGGAAUCAAUGGGGAAAAAGGGACCCAGGCUUACUGCUUUUCCUUCUCUUGCUGGAAGGUUUUGGGUUCUCAUACCUCGAGGAAAUUCAGUAGGAGUCUCUGCCCGUAUCACAGGGCCUGAGAGACGAAGAUUGAAGCUUUUAGCUCAGAAAUUGCAACCUGAAGACUUGGGGAUCACGGUCCGGACCGAGGCUAUUGGUCAUGAACAAGAAGAGUUAGAAAGAGAUCUCACACGCCUGAUGGACGCAUGGAAAGAAAUAAUGGAGAAGGCAGCAGCUGCUGCAGUGGCUGUUGAGAGGGGAGAAGAAGCUGCUGUUCCAGUACUUUUGCAUAGAGAGAUGGGGCAGACAUUAACAAUUAUACGCGAUCUUUUUACAGAGAAAGUUUCUAGGGUAGUGGUUGACUCAGCCCAGAGUUUCCAGGAAGUGAUAAAUUAUCUUCAAGAAGUAGCUCCACAUUUGAUGAACAGGGUGGUCCUUUAUAGCGGGAAAGUGCCAAUUUUUGAUAAGUUCAACGUUGAAUCAGACCUGGACAAAUUCUUUAGCGAACGGGUAAAACUUCCGAAUGGUGGCUACCUCGUAAUGCAGGAGACUGAAGCUCUUGUAUCUAUUGAUGUGAACGGUGGCACAGGGAUGCUCGGACAUUCCAUGAAACAACGAGAGGCAAUUCUGAACGUGAAUUUAGCUGCUGCUAAGCAGAUAGCUCACGAGAUAAGGCUGCGUGAUAUAGGGGGCAUAAUAGUUGUAGACUUCAUUGAUAUGGAUAACCACGAGGAUGAGAAGUUGGUGUACGAGGAGAUGCGGAGGGCGAUACAAAGGGACCGAUCCAAAGUUAGUAUAUCUGAAAUAUCAGAAUAUGGACUAAUGGAAAUGACUCGAAAGCGAGUCCGGCCAAGUGUAACAUAUACUAUCCAUUCUUCAUGCGCUUGUUGUAAAGGCACUGGACGUGUGGAGGCUUUGGAAACAACUCUUUCCAAGAUUGAACGUGCAAUUCGACGUGUCCUUGCUGAUCAUCCAGAUGUAAGUUCUGAUGCCUCUACAUGGCCUCAGAUUCUUCUACGUGUUGAACCCUCUAUGUUAGAAUUCCUCAAGUCGUGGAAGAAAAAGAGAAUCAUUCAACUUGGUCAUUCCUUGAGGGUUUGGAUCAAUCUCAAGCUGGGCAUGGAGUUGUCUCAUGGACAAUUUGAGGUUACGGAAGUGCCCAGGACAAGCAGCAAGAAGUCGAGUGCUGGAGUUCCUUCUGCGUCACCAUCCACAAUUUCGCAGCAAGAAGCGGCUGUGACUGCAUCCGUUCUUGGUAAGCGAAUGUGGUCGAAAAGGAAACGCUUCUUCUCAUAGCAUAGUAUACCACUUUAGCCAAGGUAAUUGAAAUCACUUAACUGUAGCCAUGUAUUUAGUGGUAAUCACUAACACAAAUGUACACAUCUUUUUAGUGUACUCCGAGUUCAGUCCUACAUUGCAGGACAGAACCCAGUUUCAUCUGCUUCACUUCUUUCCGAUGGUAGCUAUGCACCAAGCG